AUGUGUUCUUUUAUUCUUCGAUGUUUUGGAACUACAUUAGAAUAUUCCGCCACUUAUUUCAGGGAGCCCGAAUUGGCUCGGAAUCGCCAAAACGCACCAAAUCUGCCAGUGCCCGGUGAUGCUCGUCAAGUAGAGGAAUAUGUUUUCCAGAAGUGCCUUAGCAAGGACGAGUAUAUGAGGACGAUUGCGAAGGUCAUCAAUGCGAUCAAUUGCAAUUCCAAAUCGGCAGCAGUUCCAUCCGUGCUUCAACCUUCAUUCCACAGUCCCCCGUGUUCUGCUCCGAAUGUAAAUAAUGCAAGUACAAAUUCGACGUCAUAUCGAGCAUCAGUGCCUCCAGAUCCCCAACCCACACAGAAUCGAAGUCAAAGCCAGGGAACGGCACCAGCAACUGCUCCACCACAGCUUUCUCUUCAGCAGCAACAACAGCAACAACAACCGCCUGCACCUGUGAUGGGGAAUCAACAGUCCGCAUAUCCUUCGCCUGAUCCAUCUCGACCACCACAACAAGCUUAUGCUGCGCCACCACUUGGUCAACCGCCACCACAAAUGCAACCCCCGGGAGCACAGGCGGUCCCGCAACAGCAGGUGAGUGCAUUACCAUCUUUGACUGUCCUGUAUUUUGUUUCCUCUUCACUUGGCCUGAAGACAGACUGUAACUCACCU